UUUCUUGCUUCGAACAUUAUCAGAUUAUUAUUCUUACAAAGAAUUAGAAUCACUGAAACAAAAUAAAUCCUUAGAUCGUACACUUGGCUUUGAUCAUAUUUACGUAAUUCAUCUAAACCAUCGAACGGAUAGACGUAAAAGAUUAGAUGAUAUAGCAUCAUACCUUGGUUUAGAUUUUGAUUAUUUCUCAGCUUUUUCUAAAAACGAUGUACAAACUCUCAACAGAUUCGGUUCCUCAGAUAUGAACCUUCCACAAAAAGCAACUUAUCUUAGUCAUUAUUAUAUCUAUAAAUUGAUGGUUGAAGAAAAUUAUAAUAGCAUCUUAAUUUUAGAAGAUGAUGCGGACUUUGAAAUUAACAUUACAGCUAUUAUGACUGAUAUUCAUCGUGAUUUACCCUCAUCUUGGGAAGUUUUAUAUGUAGGCCAUUGUUUUGAACGUAUUGGUGAACAAGUCGGAAAAAGUUCAUCUGUUCAUAAAUUAUAUAAAACUGUGGCCCCAAUGUGUUCACAUGCUUAUGCAAUUUCGUAUUCGGGAGCACGCAAAUUAAUAGAACUGCUUGAUCCUAUGAUUCCACGUGGAACGCUUGAUUAUUCUCUUAGUGUAGUAAUUGUUGAAGGGAAAAUCUCAUCAUACAGCGUUCAUCCACAACCUAUAGUGCAGUGGAAAGCUGAUGACAAUCCAUCCGAUAUUCCUGGAUCAAUGACACUCUCAUUUGAUAUAUUAAAUUCAACAUCACAUUUUCUUGGAUAUAAUGGCGGUUAA